UGGCACCCAAGAUAAACGAUAAAUAAAAAUAUUUAUGAAAAGAGACAGGUGAAAGGUGAGGUGGAGGACGAAACGUGACACAUAGGGCAUCGAGGACAUCACCAAAUGUCACUGUCCUCCCAUACAUGUACUCAAGUAUCUAUUGUUUUGAAUUUAAAAAGCAUUUAAGUAAUGUCCCGACACAAUCUAUACUCAGAUAUUGUAUAUAUGAAUAUAUAAAAGUACACCAACAGAUUCAAUACCAGUGGCAGAUUAAAGUUAACAAUUGUAGGCGAUUGACACAGCCGCCUCUAUUCUAUGAUUAAUGGAUUCAUGAUAUGUAGAUUGAACAUCAUGACACUAGUCCGCACUUCGCAACAAGGCGAAAUGGUUGUGUGGCACGCUGUGGUAUUUUUUGUCAACAUUUGUCUACUAAACUUACUUCAGACUAACGGACAAAGUCAUGAACAUCCAAAAAUAGUUGGUGGUAAUUAUGCUGACGAAGGACAAUUUCCUUAUCAAGUGUCACUGAGAAUUAAAAAUCGUCAUUUUUGUGGUGGCUCGAUAUUAAAUCAUAGAUGGAUUCUUACUGCUGCUCAUUGUUUGCGAAAUUUCAAUGACACGGCAAUUAAAGUUGUUACGGGUUCAACAAAAUUGGACGAAGGAGGAAAUUGGUAUCAAUCAGUACGCAUUAUACCGCACGAACGAUAUAGUUCAUUGUUUAUUAGAAAUGAUAUCGGGCUGAUUGAAGUUGACGAGGAUAUUGAAUUUUCUGACAACGUUAAGCCCGUUGAUCUUCCAACAAGUAACUUUGAUAAGAGUGAUUAUCCGGCUUAUUUGUCUGGAUGGGGUAAAACUGAUUAUCCAGGAAGUAUUCCCAACGACUUACAAUACAUAAAGCUCACGGUGAUUGAUCAGAAACAGUGCCGCAACUUCAGUAUGCGGGUGACAAACAAGAACAUCUGUACAUUGAAUGGAAGAGGCGAGGGAGCAUGCCAUGGUGACUCUGGUGGGCCACUGGUGUCUGAUGGAGUCCAGAUCGGCGUCGUAUCGUGGGGAAUACCUUGCGCGAAAAACAAACCCGACGUCUUCACCCGCGUCUACAGUUACCGUGACUGGAUAAAGGAAAACAUUGAAAGCCAAAGUCACAGUGAUACGUUUGAUUACAUUGAUGACGAUUUUUAA